AUGCUGGAGCCGCUGGCCGCGGAAGCAGCCCCACUGGUGAGCUCUUCGGAGACUACGUCGCUCGAUGAAGGAUUCGCCGCUGUUACGCUCGAUCGUGCGAGACGGCUUCGUCAAGCUACUUCACGCUUUAACGAUCAGGUAGCUGUGAUCGCUUCGACUUCGAACGUCGUCGAGAGAUUCUUUAGUCAAGCGAAGGCAGUAGUUGGUAUGCACCGCCAAGCCAUGACUCCAUUGCAUCUAGAAAGUAUCCUCUUCCUGAAGGUGAACCGCUCGUACUGGAGCGCAGCAACAGUGCGCAAGGUCGUCCGUGGCACGCAAUAA